AUGGGCAUGUGGGAGGUCCUCCCUCUGGAUCUCCUUGCCCGCGUCUUCUCCUUCCUCCCUCCUGAUUCCGUCGCCCGAGCCAUGGCUGCCUGCAAGCACUGGCUCGCUUGCGCCCGCUCCCGGGCCGCCGCUCCACGCCACGCUCCGUGGCUCAUCGCCCUACCCGCGCGCGGCGGCCCUGCCUGCUUCGCCCACGACCCCGCCCUCAAUCGCUGGCACGCCCUCCCCCUUGACUUCCUCCCUUGCCCCCUCCGCCUCGUCGCCCCCGUCGGCCGUUCCCUCCUCUGCCGCCUCACCGCCUCGUCUGACCUCCGCCUCGUCCUGCUCAACCCCUUCACCCGCCAAUUCCGCCACCUCCCUGAUCUUGCGACGCCGCGCCGCAACCCCGCCGUGGGCGUAAUCUAUUCCUCCCCCUUCUCCGUGAUCGUCGCCGGCGGCGCGUCGGGGUCCGGCUACGAGCCGAAGGUGGAGUUGUACGAGGACGGGCGCGUAGACAGGUGGGAGUCGUUGGGUCCGAUGCCGGUGGAAUUCGCGGUGCGGCUGACGGUGUGGACGCCCAACGAAAGCGUGCACGCAGGCGACGGGGCCAUGUACUGGAUGACCUCCGCGCGGGCAUACAGCGUGAUGGGAUUCGACCUCCGGAGGAGGACGUGGCGGGAGGUGAAGGCGCCGAUGGCGGACCAGCUUGAGUGGGCGGCGCUGGUGCGGCGGCCCAACAGGAAGCUGGGGCUAGUGGGCGGCGCAGUAGGCGGACAGGGGACGGUGUGGGAGCUGACUGACAAGGAUGCUUGGGCAGCGGUGGCGGAGGUGCCGGCAAAGCUGGGACAGCGGAUCUGGGGGUGCCGCAAGGAGGCGGCGGGGGCGGCUCUGGGGGGCGCCGUCCGGUGCGUCGGCGAUGAGAGGACCGUGUACUUGUUCAAGGACUUCGGGUCGGAGAUGCUAGUGUGGGAGGAGGAGAGGGGAUGGCGUCUGAUGGAAGGCCGUCGGCGCGUGUCCAGCACCCCCAUCAAGGCCGCCCUGCUUCAUCCGACGCUCUCUGUCGCCGAAAUAUUCCACGCCUCCAUGUAG